AUGAUGCGUUUACAACAUGAGGAGUCAAGACCUCGGAGCCUCAAAACCUUCAUAGAAUCGACAGCAGGCGAGGCGAGAUCUAUGAACAGUUUUUCUGCAUUUGGAGGUGAUUAUGAUAAAUUCGCAUCAUGUGUUAGAACUUUUUUUAAGAACCUACGGAAAUGUAAUGUGACUGCAUAUGUAUUAUUUGAUGGUUGUCAUGAGAAUAAAAAAUUAAAGACCAUAUUUAGUCGUCUCAGAUCUAAAUUGCAGAGCUGCAGUCACUUAGACCCAGUUACUCAGGGUAAUUUACAAAUUUUUCCGUUUUUGGUUCGAGAUGUAUUUAUUGAGGUCCUUAGAGAUAUGAAAAUUAAUUAUACAAUAUGCAUUUUCGAAGCUGAUGAUGAAAUUGCAUCAUUGGCAAGACACUUAAACUGUCCAGUACUGAGCUAUGAUUCGGAUUUCUUUAUUUACAAUGUUCUAUAUAUUCCAUUUAAUUUAUUGGAAACAAAACCAAAGCCAAUAGAGGAAGAUGGUUGUAAAGUACAUGUUAUGGAGUGUAAACUAUAUAAAGUACUAUACCUUUGUGAAAGUUCUGGCAGUCUUAAGGAAGAAUUAUUACCAUUGUUAGCAACUUUACUAGGAAAUGAUUAUGUAGAAAAGAAAGUUUUUGGAAAAUUCUUUUCUCAGUUGAAAUUACAAAAAAGCAAAAGAAAGAAAAAUGAUCAGCAAAGAAGCAUACAGGCAUUGUUUAAUUGGCUUCAGAAUGAGACACUGGACUCGGCCAUUGCAAAAAUAUUGGGUAGACUUAAAAAACGUCAAAAGGAUAAAGUAUUUAAAAUUAUGAAAAAAAGUAUCGAUGGAUAUCACAGUAAUUACUGUCCUUCUUUAAAAUAUUUCAAUUUAUCUAAAGAAAUUUCUCCAAAAUUUGAUUUAAAAAUGCCCGAGGUUGUUAAUGAGGACUUAAAUUACGAAGACGGAGAUUCAGAUAAAUCUGGGGAAGACAGCACUGAAGAGGAUGAAAAUAAAUCUGAUCCAAACUUAAAUAAUAUCCCUUUAUGGUUUUCAGAAAAGAUUAGGCAAAAUCAAAUACCAAAAGUGUACUUAAAUUUAUAUGCUCAUCAUUUACAUUUAUGUAAUCCACAAGCAGAAGAUUACUCAGAUAAUGAUAGUUUUCUUAGUGUGCUGCCUUUUGUAAGAUACGCAUUUGACAUUCUCACAGAUUUUUCUUAUGAUUAUUUUGUUUACGUAAGUAGGGAAAAUUGUAAUUAUCACAAAAUUCAAGUGACUAAAGACUAUUCCAUACCACGCCCAUUAGAUAUAUCAUUUCAAGAGCUUGACAAUGCACAAUUAAGACAAUAUUUUCUACAUUUUUUUGAUACAAAACUUCCAAAUUUAGACUGGGAAAACAUUAAAUUAUUGCCAGGUAAUUUUCAAUUAAUUAUGAUAUCUGUGCUCUGGUGGAUUGCAAAUUGUAGUGUACCAGCAAACCAUGUUCAUAGUAUAAUUAUAUCAUACAUAAUGUUGGAGGUGAUUGAUGAUAAAACAGGGAUGCCUCGUGGACAUUAUCACUUUAACAACAAGCAUGGAAAAAAGCUGGAGGAGUUAAAGAAAGAAAACACUUCAAUUGUAACAGAAAAUGAGCUUUUCCUUAAUAAAAAUAAAGUCCAGUAUGAAGACUGCCUUAUUGCUGCUAGCGCUCUUUUAAAGCAUUUUGAAAUUGAUAGUAGCAUAUUAAAAAGACCUAAAAGUUAUGAUAAAAGGAAAAUUCAUUCGUUUGCUCAGUUCCAGUGCACGUUACAUCAAGUUAAUUCUCUAAAUAUAUUAUGCGGAAUGCCUUUUGAAAGUACAUUUUAUUCUAAAUGUUAUAAUGGAACUUUUAUCUAUAAUAUUGCAUUGAAACUUGAGAAAGAAGUAGAUCCAUCAAAAUUUUUUGCAAAUUAUAUAAAAGGUGCUUCAACAAUUAUACAUUUUUAUCAAAGUUUAUGUUGUAUUUAUAAUCAAUUGAUUAAGAAAAUGAAUAUAUCAACUGUUCAAUGGUCUGGGAAGAAGAGGAAUGGCAAACGAAGAAAAGUGAUUGAUGAAGAAUUGUCAUUUAUUAUUAAGGGGUUUGAAUCUGAUGUUAAAAUA